AUGAGAAUCCUCCUAUUCGGUGACGAAAACUUCAGCUUCUGCAAUGGCUUUUUAGCCGACCACGAUGAUGAUAUUGUUGAAGUUUGUAGUUGUUUAAAAGAAAAUGAAUUAAAACAAGAAAGUAAGAAUAACAUUGAGGCACUAAACAAAAAUGUGAUUAUUCACUAUGGCAUUAACCCAGUUCAGUUAAAGUCUAAAUUUCCUCCGAAUACUUUUGAUGCGUUAUAUUAUAUUUUACCCGGCUUGUCAUUUCAUGGACACCCAGAUUUUAUCCAUCCACAAACGGAGAUGUUUAAGUUACGUUUAAAUUUAUUUUGUUUUAGUUUUUUAAAAAGUAGUAAAAAUAUAGUAAAACCAGAUGGUUAUGUAUACAUGUUAUUCCCUGAUGAAUCCACCUGCAAGAGUAGUAUUCCCGUACCUGUGAGCGAGGGAAAUGCCGAGGGCACGAACCAUAAUAAUGACACCGAAAACAAUAAUCAAAACAGUGAGGGAAACGACCAUGUCGAAGGAAACAGUAACCUUAGCAAUAAUGCAAACAACGCAGUGGGGGAGGGACUCGGAGAUGCUUCUGAGGGUAAGAAGAACAUUCUGCCCUUCCUUCCCAUAGAACCAAAGAAGUUAGCAAAAUUUUGUAACGUCACAAGGGAGUACAGUAAGGAUUAUAAUUUAAACCUUGACCUGCAUGAGAAUUGGCUACCUGUCCUCUUCAAUAUGCCAAUUGUGAACGAACUUCCCGAGUGGGUAAAGACAUGUAAGUACUACUGCUUCAAGAUGACCGAGUUGCCAAUCAAUAAGAAUAAAAAUAGUCGAGGUGGUGGAAGCACAGGUAAUAACAACGUUGGAUCCGCAGGCAACAUGGGCAAUGAACAGAACCAAGACAAUGAUAACGAAAAUAAGGAUGGCGAAAGUGGAGAAGGAAAGGAAGAAGGAAAAAAUGACGAAGAAAAGAGACAAGAUGGAGAAGAAAACAACGAUAACAAUAAUAGUAGUAUGAAUAAUAUCAAUGCACAGAACAACGAAAAUAAAGGGAACAACGGAGAAAACGAACUAAACAAAGAAAAGGAAGACAACCCUGAUGAAUAUAAUGUUCUGAAAAUACCCCCUCAAGUGUUUGAUUAUCCCAUAGAAAAAUUAGGACAUGUGAAUGAAUGUUUCUUAUUUAAACUGUACUCAGUAAACAGUAAAAGCGUCCUUAUAUCCAGACUGACCCUCAAGUAUGAUCCAAGAAUUUCAGGAUGGAAAGGAGACAACAAAAUUAAGAAAGACAUGCUUAACAUGAAUAUGCCUAUCAAUAUGAGUAAUAUGAAUAUGAACAACAUAAAUAAUAUGAACAUGAUGAAAAAUAUGAACAACAUAAUGAAUAUGAAUAAAUUUAAAGGAGGAAAAUACAAAAAUAAGCAACCGAAAAAUGACUUCCAACAACAAUAUAAAAAUAACAUAAUGCAAAAUAAUAUGAAUUAUUCAUUAAAUAAAAAAGGAAAUAUGAAUCUCCCUCCACCUCCCCCAAAUAAUUUAACUAUGCAACCAAAUAGUGUCAAUAUAACUAAUCAAAAUAUAAAUUAUAAACAAAGUAACUUUCCAUUUGUUAAUAAUUUUAAAGGAAUACCAAACAAUUUAUCACAGAAUGUGCAAAAUACUAUGCCCAACAUACCCAUGAAUGUCAAUCCGAACCUUUCCAACAACAUGAUGAACCCCUACCUUAAUGGUGCCUUCAAUAACAACUUCAGGAACAACAUGUACCAACAAAACAUCCCCAUCCCCCCCCCCAUGGGAAACUUUAACAAAAAAAUAUACCAAGGCCACAACAUGAACAUAAAGAGAAAAAAUGACAUGUACAACUGCGACAGUAUGGAGAAGAGCUACGACAACUACAUCAUGAAGGAAAACUACAAAUCAGACGAUGAUAACAAUAUGAACAACGUCAAUGCCUGUAACGAUGACUACGACCUAGAUCAGUGCGACUACAAUGCGGGUAACGUAAGAAACAUGCAGAACAAGAAUGCAGAAGAUGCCGACUAUUAUUUCAUGAAACAAAGAUCAAGAGAACAGAACCAUUAUGGCACAUACUAG